ACCACUUCAAUACAAACUUGUUCUCCUACACCCACCACAAGUUUUGAGUAUAUUACAGACACUGGAUUAUGAGAGCAGUCCUCCGUGUGGCACACCAGUACAGCAACACCAAGGCCCAGACAUGAAAUGUCCAGAUGAUGUAUUGCGUUUGUUGGCAAGAAGGGUAGAUGACAGCAAGGAUUUCAAGAUCUGUGUUUCUCGAACUGACUUCUAUCAAAGAGCUAUGGUGCAGUGGCAAAGACAAAAGAGAGGAACCCCGGGCAAUACUUUGCGUGUAACAUUUUUGGGGGAAGCAGGUGUUGACACAGGUGCCAUUCGUAAGGAAUUUCUUUCAGAUUUGAUUGGUGAGAUUGAGAAACACCUCUUUGAGCAUAGAGGACACCAGAGAGGGAAGAGCCCCAUCUACUCCCUAAGUAAUCUGGAGAAUGGAUUUUUUAAGACUGCUGGAGAAGUGUUUUCGGUUAGUCUCGCUCAGGGUGGGCCUGCCCCCCGUUUCUUGAGGCCGUGGUGCUUUGAUUAUCUCUCAUCUGGAGACUUGGAUGAAUCAACUCUCACUAUAGAUGAUGUGGAUGAUGCUGAACUUUAUAAUUUGAUUAAAAAGGUGGAGGAAGAAGAAACCGAUCUCUCUGCAUGGAAUGAUCAAAUAAUUAACUGUGGUUUUACUGGGGCCAUUAAACCUGAGAACAAAGAGGCCAUAAUAAGAUCAAUUGUGCUGCAUGCAACUCUACGUUUGUUCCCUUUGUUGAAGCAAAUCCGAAAAGGUCUUGAAGUCUACAAUUUCGUGGACAUCCUGGAAAACCAUUCCGGACUUUGCCACCAGAUCUUUGUCCCUGAUGUGGAUGAUGAUGAUAAGGCUGAUGCAGACUUCAUCAUGCAGAACAUUCUUCCGAAAAUGUCGGAGAAGGGAUCAGUACGAGAGACUUAUGAAACAGCUAUAAUCAACUUUCUGCAAGACUUUCUCCAAGAAAUUGAAAGCUGUGAGGAUAACCCUGACGGAGACAUCCUGCCCUUAACUGUCCCCGGUGUUAUGCAAUGGCUCACUGGCCAGGGACACAAACCUCUUCUAAUGUCAGAACUUAAAGAAUUCAAAAUUUCUCUUCAUUUUGACCAUGAGUGUAUGCAGAGGAUGCCAGAACAUAAAAUAUGCUUCCCAGUUGUAAGUGCCUGUGCCAGAAAAAUUACAUUUCCCACAGUACACAUGGGUGACUACAGUUCUUUUAAAUCAGUCAAGUUGCAAGCCAUUCAGUUUGACGACGGUUUUAACAGAAUUUAAAAUGCUGCUUAAUGUAUGGAAUUGUACAUGUUCAGGAAAAAAACCUUUUAUACAUUGGUAAAUGUUCUUAUGGUUUUGAAAUUUACUGUGUAUGUGUAGAGAACACAACGUGUUACAUAUUGUAAAAUUUUAUAUCUUAAUGCAUGUGUUAAGAGAACACAAGUUGUUAUACAAGUCUUUUUCUGCUUUAAAUAUAGCCAAUACAAAAAAUAAAACAAGCAUGCAAUGUCAACUU